AUGGUAGAUAUGGCGUUAUCAUCGGAUACAGCAAAUCCAGUUGAUUCUAUGUUUGAAACAUUCAGGGAAUUAGUCGAAAAAGAUCGUAUUUUAAAAGAUGAUAUAGCGGAUGCAGCACAUGGAAUGGAGUAUUGGAUAUCGAGAAUCGUUGCUAUAUUGCAGAAAACACAUACAUUGAAGGAUGGACAGGAUACAUACCUAAAGGAAGUAAAAAACAUUCUACAUAAUGAAGUGCAAAAGUAUUUGAUAAAACUUGCUGCUCUAAUAUCUCCUGUAUCAUAUUAUCGAUAUUUCGAUAAUUUCCGUUUCAUUAUUCAAAAAUUAUGCUUUGUUGUGACUUAUGCUCAUUUUCUUGAACAUGGAAUCUUGCUAAAUCGCGACAAAGUUGCUGAAAUCUUAAACAUUAAAGUUGAUCCAGCAAGUGGUUUUCAUCUGGACGUCGAAGACUAUUUAUUUGGUUUACUCCAACUUGCCAGUGAGCUGUCACGAUUUUCCAUUAAUGCUGUUGUUGUUGGUAAUAACAUAUUACCCUUUAAGAUUGCUGAUUUUCUCUAUGAUCUCGAUGCAAAAUUUCGCAUGUUAAAUUUAAAAAAUGAUGGACUGCGUAGAAGAUACGAUACACUGAAAUACGAUGUUCAGAGAGCUGAACAAGUUGUCUAUGAUCUAACAAUUCGAGGUCUAAAGCGACCAGAGGAUGAGAAAUCAGUUGCUAUGUAA